UCUCUCUCUCUCUCCGAAAUGUUGAAAUUAUAGGCCUAGCGGAACGAAAGUAAACACUGAGGUGCCUGGCUCACGAUGAGAUCACGUGCAGACAUUUUGUUGGGUAGUCAUGAAGAAAGUGAGAGGGUCAAAUAGGGUAAAGUAAUGCAUGUGGGAGUGACUCCUGAAGCCGAAAGGAUAGGUCAGUUAAGAGGUUGAAUAAUGGAAUGGUAAAUAAGUCGUCGACGAGUUCACUCAGCUGUAGAAGUAUACCAGUGUCAGGUGGCGUAAAGAAUGACCAAUGGCGCAAGAGACCCGCUGAUAAACUAGAGAGCUAUGCACUUCUGGUAUCACCCACGCCCAGAAGGGAAAUGCCAUGAGUCAGUUCCAAAUCCGGCCUUUUGUGGUGUCUGCUGUCAGCUGUUCAAUGAUGAUACAAGGCGCCCUCGCAACCUGCCCUGCUCCCAUCAUUUUUGCACUGAAUGUAUUGAUGACCUCAUCGCCCAAGAUAAGAAGGCUUGUUACAAAUGCCGUAAAGAAUUUAAGGCAAGGUCAGCAGGAGAUUUAAUGGUCAAUCAUGCACUGAUUGACUGCAUGAAGUCUAUUCUAUCUGUGAAAAGAAAACCUGGUAAACUAGGGAGCAAGAUGAAUUCCAGGUACCAGGAAAGACUGGAUGGUUUCAAACAGGUGGUCUGCAAGAGUAACGAAGAAGUCAUGGCGGACCUUAAGCGCAUGAAGGAAGACGUCGAAAGGCUUAUGAAGGGUGAGGAACAGCUUCAGGAAGGUCUCUUGGCCCUGAAACAUCACCUUAGUGAAGACAUAUCUGCACAUAUUCAAAAACUGAUGUCUAAGAUCGAUGAGCGUCACCAAAAGUCCAGCAAUGCUCGUCUCAAUUUAAAAGACUCUUUGAAAGAUAUAUUAAAGAAUGAAGGAAAACUUGUGUCUGCAAGGACGGUAUUGGACUCAGCUUCGACUUUACAAGACGCUUCUGCUGUUAUUGAUGAAACGGAGGAAAUCAAUAUGGUAGUCAGAGAAUGGGCGGAAAAUUUAAAAGAAUAUGUGGUCAAAGAGGAUAACCAGCUUCUGGAAAGAAACAAGGAACUGAAGGUGUCUGAAAGGUUUCACAGCAAACUUAUGAAAUUCCUGAUCCAUGAACCUGGGGAAGAGGCUUUCCAUCUCAUCCCUAUCACAGGAGUUGCUGCAAGCAAGAUGGAUCUUUCAAGUCAAGUAACGGCUAUCGGGCUCUGGGAAAUGAGCAUCCCUGUAAAAAUUCUAGUAGAGGAAGGAAGAGUCUUUGCACUCCAGGAAAAGGAUAAUACUAGGAGGUCUGCCAAAAUCACUAUUGAAAAGGGAGAGCUGCUCAUGUAUAGUUUACAAGACGAAGACGAACCUACCCCGAAGGCUUAUUAUGUGCAGUAUGAAGAUGUUCUGGGCCUAGCCAUCUCUAAAAGUACAGUCUUCCUGGACUUGGAGACUAAAGGAUUGUCAGUUGGAAGAGUCUUCAUCCUUCUCACUGACAGUGGUAGAUACUACAACAUUCAUAAACACUUCACAGGUGGCUCAGGAGAAAGCUAUUCCGGCACACCCUUGCAAAUGGCUAACAGAGGGCAGCUUUGGGAAAGAGCUGUGUGUGGUUACCAGAUAUCGGAAGUAGAAAAUGGGGAUGUAGGAGAUCAUUGUCUGGAGAGCCGCUAUGCCAUCCCAAGCAACAAUGGAGCAGUGUGGCUCUUGAAUAAUUCUAGGACACCACCACUGAUUGGUAUCCAUAUGGGUCCAUUUAUGCCAAACUAUAAUAUACAUUUGGGUAAUGUGGAAGAAGGUAUGGACAUCCUGAGUGAUGCCAUUCACUGGUCAGAGGAUAUAAAGGAUGUUAAGAUUAGCCAGUGUGGUUUGGUAUUACCUAUCAAAAGCGCUCUUGCCAGCUGAUUUAGUUUUAAAUAGUUUGUCUGUGAGCCAGUAUAGUAUAUCUAGUUUAUUUUGAAAUUGAAGAUACUGUAGCCUAUUCAGUUAGCAUAUCAAAAGUUUUGAUUUAAAGACAACCAUAAUUAAGGUAAUUUAUUUCAGAAUAUUAGUAAUGUGGGAUAUCUAUAUCUCUUUGCUUGCAAGAAAAAAAAAUGUUCAUUGUUGGAGAGAUUCUCAUCUUUGAACAUGUUUGUGAUUCUAGCUAUUGUUGGAUGGAAUUGAGUCUUGAAAUAUCUGAAAAUUGAAAACUGUACCUGUACCUUAUUGAUUCCUUGCAAAAUAGGACACAUUACUAAAAAAUUGAUAACGACCAGGACUGCUGAAGCUUUGAUCUAUUUCCAAACUUUCUCUUAAGAUUUUCUUUGUUGUAUUUUUUAAAAAUCCUGUCCAUCUGUAUCCAGUAGAUUUGUUAACAGAAAGCUACUUAAUGUAUUGACAAUUUACCCUACAGCAUACCCAUGUGGAAAAAUAAAGCCAUGCUGUUCCAGCUGGGAUACCGA